AAGCAGCUGUAUGGGUUGCAGAAAUGAAAGCGACUUGAAGUGCAAUUGAUUGUCGUAGUGUACGUUGAUUAAGAGUUGUACUUGAUAGAAAGCAGAGGUUUGUCCUUGCCUCCUCUUCACAUUAUCCUCAUCAUCAUUGUCAUUAGUUGAUAUUCUGAUGGUGGAUCUGUAAGGAGACUUUAUUUCCAUGUGAAAGCAGUUUUGUUUCAGUCAGCCAGAAGCAGGAAUCUGGAAAGCAUUUCAAUUUAGAGAGAGCUGUGCUAUAUACUGCUGCUGUCUUACGGUACAGCAGAGCUGCUCUGUUGCCUUGACAAUUAUUUAGGUGAUCAGAGAAUGUCUGUUUCUCGCAAAGAAUUUGAUGUGAAGCAGAUUUUACGCAUCCGUUGGCGGUGGUUUGGUCAUCCUGCAUCCCAACCGACUACGUCCAGCGACAGUCGCCGGGGAGAUUUUUGGAACAAAGAACAAGGCACAUCAAAUAGUGGAAGGAAAUUCUUAGACCCUGGGCACUUGCCUUUGCCAGUGGCCUCCAUUAACUGCCAGAGACCCAGCCAACAGGAAAUUCAAAAUUCAACACCUUGGCAUACACCCAGUGCUACAGAUCUUCCUGUCUUUGAGUUUACUGCUGACAGUUGUGAGGGCACACAUUGGCACAACAAGCAUGAAGCUGACAAUGAAGGGAGCGAAGAAGAGAAUGAAACAGACAGCAGUUCGUGCAGCAGGACUUCAAACAGCAGUCAGACCUUGUCCUCAUGCCAUACUAUGGAUCCUUCUGCUCCUGAAGAGUGUUUUCAAGCAUUAAACCAUGCAGAGCAGACUUUUAAGAAGAUGGAAAACUACCUUCGACACAAGCAAUUAUGUGAUGUAGUGCUGCUAGCUGGAGACCGGAGGAUUCCAGCUCACAGGUUAGUUCUAUCCUCUGUUUCAGACUACUUUGCUGCAAUGUUCACGAAUGAUGUAAGGGAGGCCAAACAAGAAGAGAUAAAGAUAGAAGGCGUUGACUCAAACGCAUUGUGGGCAUUAGUUCAAUACGCAUAUACAGGUCGCCUGGAAUUGAAAGAAGACAAUAUUGAGUGCCUAUUGUCCACAGCCUGCCUAUUACAACUCUCUCAGGUUGUAGAAGCAUGUUGCGGGUUCCUGAUGAAACAACUGCACCCAUCCAACUGUCUUGGAAUUCGAUCGUUUGCAGAUGCUCAGGGCUGCACUGACCUGCAUAAAGUGGCACACAACUACACAAUGGAGCACUUCAUGGAUGUGAUCAGGAAUCAGGAGUUUCUACUGCUGCCUGCAAAUGAGAUAGUUAAACUGUUGGCUAGUGAUGACAUGAAUAUACCAAAUGAAGAAACCAUAUUGAAUGCACUGCUUAGCUGGGUUCGGCAUGAUGCAGAUAACAGACAAAAAGAACUUAGCAAAUUGCUGGCUUACAUCAGACUUCCUCUGCUGUGCCCUCAGUUUCUUGCAGAUAUGGAGAACAAUAUACUAUUUAGGGAUGAUAUUGAAUGCCAAAAACUUAUCAUGGAAGCAAUGAAAUACCAUCUGCUACCAGAGCGACGAAACAUGCUGCAGAGUCCACGGACUAAACCCAGGAAGUCUACAGUAGGUGUGCUGUUUGCAGUUGGUGGAAUGGAUGCAACAAAAGGUGCCACAAGCAUUGAAAAAUAUGACCUACGUUCCAAUACAUGGACACAUGUAGCAAAUAUGAAUGGAAGACGACUACAAUUUGGUGUGGCGGUGCUAGAUGACAAACUUUAUGUUGUGGGUGGUAGAGAUGGAUUGAAGACAUUAAAUACAGUUGAGUGCUACAAUCCAAAGAGUAAAACCUGGAAUGUAAUGCCUCCUAUGUCUACUCAUAGACAUGGCCUUGGUGUGGAGGUAUUGGAGGGUCCUAUGUAUGCUGUAGGUGGACAUGAUGGUUGGAGCUAUCUAAAUACAGUUGAACGAUGGGACCCUCAAGCUCGACAGUGGAACUUUGUUGCCAGUAUGUCAGUGCCACGAAGUACAGUUGGUGUAGCAGUACUUAAUGGAAAACUGUAUGCUGUUGGAGGUCGCGAUGGAAGUUCUUGCCUUAAGUCUGUGGAAUGCUUUGAUCCCCACACCAAUAAAUGGACCCCCUGUGCGUUGAUGUCUAAAAGACGGGGAGGUGUGGGAGUUGCUACCUGGAAUGGUUUUUUGUAUGCAAUUGGAGGACACGAUGCACCAGCGUCUAACCUCACAUCAAGGCUAUCAGACUGUGUGGAGAGAUAUGAUCCGAAAACUGACACUUGGACAGCAGUUGCACCAAUGAGUAUCAGCAAAGAUGCAGUAGGUGUUUGCUUACUUGGUGAUAGGCUGUAUGCAGUUGGAGGAUAUGAUGGACAGUCAUAUCUGAACUCUGUGGAAGCCUACGAUCCACAAACUAAUGAGUGGAUGCAGGUUGCACCACUGUGCCUUGGAAGAGCUGGAGCUUGUGUGGUCACUGUAAAACUUUGACUUUUUUAAUGUAGAUUUUCUACUAUAACCAUUUCACAUGUUCAUGGAAAAAUAAAUAUGCGCCAACACACCAACUUUAUUGAAAAGUUAAGAAAAACCAAAAGAUUUAUCAAAUACUAAUGAACGCAAAAGUUAUUGAGACUCUAAAUAUCUAAAUCAUUAAACAGUUCUUCUGAUCCUUGGAGGAUAAAAUCCCAAAAAUGAAUUGGUGUGCGCAAUUUAAAACACUGCCCAUGGAUUAGAAUACAGAUGUGGACUUGUAAAUUAGGACGUCAUUGGUGUCAUGACACCUGCCUGCUUGCCCACCCAUGCCUCCAACAUGAUUUUACAGGACUCAUGGCCUAAUUGAGAUAAUUAAGUGGGUAGUUAAUGCCCAAUUAAGGACCUGAAGCCACUGUUGUGAUUUAACAGGUGGCAGGAGAUGCCUGAACAAAUAUGCAGUUUGGCAUAUUUAUUUCUGUUAGCACCUUGUCAGUGAAGAGUUGAGUUGGAGCUGGGGCUGCCUCUUCCCCGGACAUCCUGUGCCACCCGCAGCCCCUCAACAUACAUUCUACCCUGCCCUGUCCUGUCCAAUUUCAUCCUUCUCCUCUCCCCAAACAUCACUUUUAUUGGGACUGUGAAUCUGGCCCCAACACGACCACAGACUCACCUAAAUUUGGGUUCUUCACCCUCACGAGUUGUUUUCUUUCUGAGCUUCUUGUAAUUCUGCAUUGCCACUGAUCCUAGUGGGGAGCAAACUUUUGGACUCUGGUGGCUUCCUCUUGUAGAGGACAUAAGCCCAACCUCAUUCUAAUUAAAGAGCCAUGGCCCAUAAAAAUUAAAGUGGGGUGGGGUGAACUGGCCCAAUGUGAGGAGGAUUAAUUAGUACAAUUCGUGCUAGAGUGCAGGUUUUACACCAGUUUAACAUAUAUAAUCCAAUCCCAAAACGGACACGUAUCUGCUACAUUUGAAGUCAAAGACUUUUAUAUAUUGAUGGCUCUUGUAUUGCCUUCCUAACAUAGAACCAAGAGAUUGUGGACUGAAACUUUAUUUUGAAAUGUCUGCCAUCUCUUUCUUAGAGUUUUUUUGUUCUGGUUCCUACAUUUAAGGUUCACUGCUCAAAAUAUUUGUUAAGUAGAAAUGAAUUUGUGCAGAGGAAGCGAGUCUGUUUAAGGCAUCCAGAAGCACUGCUAUAAUUUUUGCAAUAAUGUUCUAGCUUGUAACCUAUUGUGAUAUUAAUCUGCUUCCCCCCACCCCCACUACCAUCCUCAGGCCUUCCUCUUUGAUCUUGACAUAAUUUCAACUUGUAAGCUUUACUCUCUGACCAGUUUUUGAUAACAGUGCACCAUGCAAGUUGUAGAAUCUCUAGGACUUUUUAAAAAUAUGAUUUCUUUUCCAUUUGUCUGAAUUGUCUGAUGUAAUGGUGAAUGAAAACAUUACCUGUCUAAGCCUAAUAAUGUUUGCAUCAAGGGCAUGUUAUAAAGAUAAUUUUCCAUUUCUACAUUUUCAUUGAAGAGCACCACAUAUGAGGAGUUAGACUUGAAUUGUUGGUGAAAAAUGUUGUGCAGCCAGUCCCCAUUCCAUCUGUUUGUUUCACUGGGCAGAAGAUGAGACGGGCUCAGUGUGUUAUUCUAACGUGUACUAUUAUGUAAUAAGAACGCAGAAAUGGAAAAUUAUCCCUUCUAUGUUGUAUUUCAUUGAACCAUUGUCUUAAUGGAAUCUGUAUUUUUUUACUGUAUUCUAAAUAUAUUUCCUCUUUUUUUUAAAAUCAAAACAGUUUUAAUUAAAAUGAAGUAAAUGCAGGUACAUUUUUUUUAAUAAUCAGGAAAGUUUAAUAUAUAAAAGAUGCUAUAAAAGGGUUUUUUAUGUUUCUAAAACCUGUCAAUGUGUUGGUUUUGCUAUUUAUGUGUAGCUUGUAACAUUCCAAAUUUUUUGCUGUUUGACUCUACAAAAUUCUUUUGCACAUUUUAUGUUCUAAGGUGAGCUAUUAACAGACCAAAUAUAGAUUGUGCUCUGAACGUUAUGACUGUUUUAAUGCUGGAAAGUAUCUGAAAACUCCCUGUUACGACGAUGGGUUUUAACUCAUGCCUUAAUCUAAAUCUGCAAUUUACCUUUGUUGUAGUUUAAUUUUGGUUUGUGUUCUUGUAAAACAGGCUAUUUGCUAUUAUGUAUUAUCAGAUAUUGUCAGCACAGAGUUGUGAACCAGAAAGUUCAGUGCUAUCAAAGGAGUAUUGAUUUUAUAUACCACUCUCCAUCUCAGGUGUAGUUGAAUAGCUGAUGAAUUUUCAUGAGUUUGAGGUUUGAUUUUAAACUUUUUUUGAAACUUCUAACUGACUUGGGCAAGAAAGCAAACAAACACAAUUUUACCUGUGUUCCAUGCUCCUCUCUACUUCAUGGAGUUUUUGUUUUGACUUCCAGGAGGUACAAAUUAAAAGCAGUAUGCCAUAAUCCUGACCAUAAUGGCUUGACUACCAACUGUUUUACUUUGUGUUCAGUUUGAUUUUGAGUUAUUUGAUUGUAUUAUGUUUGAAGCUAUUUUAUUGUGAAUAUUCACUUUGGUAGGGCUACCUGCUUUAAGAAGUCCGUACAAACCACUUUUUGUGCCUUGAUCAGAACUGAUAACUUUGUUCCUACUAAUUUUCCUUAAGCUGUAUGUUUUGGGUUAACAAUUAUACCUGACACUUGCUAGUUAUCAUUUAUGCAGAACACUGAAUUGUGAGAUAUUAAUGAUGUUGAUUUACUCCAUAAGAAGUUAUGUACUGAUGUAUGUAAUUUUGUUGAAUUGUACAGUCACAGAAGUACUUGUGUAAAGAUUUAUUCUUUCAUUUAUAAUUGACAAUAAUUGGUUCACUACUUUUUUUCUAUUUCAGUGUAGAUAGCCAGUUGACUUCCAGGAUCAGUGCUUGAACAGUCUAUUUAAGAUUAACCUGAAAAUUAUGAACCACUUUUCCACUUCUAAACUACUAGCUCCUUCCAACUAUGUACAAAUUCAUUUUUUUCCCUCUUUAGAUCCUCUUCGUUCCUAAAUAACACAGAUAUGUGAGGUAACAAAAAAAGUGCAACCGUGGCUAAUUGCUUUCCUUUGAAAUCCUUUUACUUUUAAAGUGAUAACAUCCAAUCAUAUUCUGCAGUUGGUAAUUCUGAAGUCGCAUUCCUUGUUUUCUUCCAUAUAACUUUUACUUGGCUGAUUUAUUUUGCAUUUGAAUCAUGCAUCACUAAUUAAGUGUUGCCUUUAUUGAAUAAUAGACCAGAUAACUAUUUGAUAGGGAAUAGAGAAUGAACAGUUGAGAUUUUAACACAAAAGAUCCCUUCAGGAAUGUGGUGGAAUAUAGAAAAUAAAGCAUCAGGAUGGCCACAACCAGUAGGAGUGAAGUAGUUUUAGGGUGGUUGUUGCUGUCAAAAAUUAGCAGUGUUUUAUUACCUAAUUUAUAAGCUUAUGUAUACAAAUUCUUCCAAGAAUUUUUAAAACAACGUCCAAAGAAAGAUUAGGUAAAGGGAAGGAGCAUUUCAAAAGGUAAUUAUUGAGAAUACUAAGAACCAGCAUAAGAAGAAAGAACUCUUCUAAGAGAUAAGUUAAUUUGAGAGGAUAAAAAGGAAUAUUCCAAGAAAUAUCUGCUUGGUUUUUAUAUAUAAGGUCAGAAGAGAGGAAGUGAAAUCCCACUGAAGAACACACGAUCUAGAAUGACACUCUGAGUGCAGUAGUAAGGGUGGUUCUAUAGCCAAGCUGUUUUCCUUUUUAUAAUGUAUUAAAGCAAGGCCCCUGCCUGUCUAUCUGAAUAAUUCAAGUAGCAAUCCCAUGGAAAUAUUCUAAGGUGUGCAGAGUUCUCCUAGUAUUCAGAUAAACAUUCCUCUCACAAUCAUUAUUACUAAAAAAAAUUGAUCAAUUUUUGCUGUUGGUGGGACCUUGCUGUGUACAAAAUGUUUAAACAUGUAUCAAAAGUUACUACACUUAAAAAUAAUUCGCUAACUGUCAUAGUGACAUUCAGGUUGGAAACUACAAUAUAUGCACCAUUAUUGUAAAGGUAAUAUUUUAUCAAAUUAAAUUUCAAUCCUUCAAUUUUAAUUAUGUUGAUACUGAGUUCCUUCAGCUGGUUGAUUUAAAAACUGUGAGCAAGCUUUUAAUUCUCAACGGGCAAUCAAUCUGUUUCAAAAUAAAGGAAAAGUACAUCGUAGUUAGAUAUUUUACUGCUAUACAGUAUCUGACACAGUAUGGUGUAAUUAUAUUAUCAGAUGGCUUGGUGCCUCGAUACACAUUUUGUAAAACUCAGCUCCCUGGUAGUUUUGAUGAAAGUUAUGUAUAAAAUGGUUGCACAGUGUAUGGUAGCAUGUAUUGACAGUAAUAUUUGUGUUUAAAGUGUAUUCAAUAUAAAUGUUCUUAAUUAAACUAAUGUCUAAUCUAUUGGUAGACUGAAAUGUGUUGCUAUAAUGUUAUGAUUCACAGCUACAAAAAGCUGUAUUGUGUAAGUGCAGUUAUUUAUCUUCCCUCUUUAAUUGACCACCUCAUAACAAUCAUAAUUUAUGUAACUCUCCAGGACCAAGCUAAGCUAAUUGUAGAUAAAUGUCACAUGUAAGUUGUAGUGCACUAAUUUAAGUUCUGUUUCACCUUGAAGGAUUUCUCUUUAACUGAACAUAGCCUGUAGAACAAUGGCAUUUGAUCCUGAGCUUAGUUACUGACCCCAUAAACACACUGUCACCAAGAGUGCCUGAACCUAUCCAUUUAACAUUGCCUGUUUCAAUCUGGAUUCCAUUUAACUGCUCUUGAAACCUUCACCUAUGCCUUUGUUUCCACAAGACCUAACUGCUCGCACUUUCUGGUAACAAAAAAGCAACAUACCAUGGCUACUAGAAAUCUGAAAUAACAACAGAGUGCUAGAAAUUUUCAACGGCUGUGGCAAUGUGUAGAGAAAGAGUUAAUUUCAAAUCGAAGAAAUUUAAGGCUGAGGAAGCCUUUUCAGCAAUCUGUGACCAGUAUGAAAGUGUUCGAGUCUCCUGAUCCAGUAUGGUCUUUGUCACAGGAUUCUCAUAUGGCGUUCUGUAACCAGAAGAUGCAUAAAUGCAAGAAGAUGAGCAACACUAGUGCUGCCUGCAAAGUCAUUGUCAACAAUUUUAUAAGAGAAACAAAAGUGGAUUUAAAGUGUUUUCUAUUAGAUGAUAGAUGAUGGAAAGUUCCGAAGCUGCAGUGCCACCAAAGAAAGUAUAAAAGAAAUGCAGUAGUUUACAAGGAAAUUGUAUUCAGCAGUGAUAUUGCAAAUGUGCAUUGCUUCCUCCCUAGUCUAUCAGCUGAAGUUUGUGUCUGUUGUCCAGAUUAUCGGUGCUACUUCCUAAAAAGGUUAUGGUGUGCAAAAAAUGUACAUAUAAUAUAGUGGCAGCCUUGUAAGAUAUUGUUUUGUACCUUGAUAGUCAACUGUGUUCAACUUGACUGGUGUGACUUAGGAAAGCCCCAUGCUACAAUAGCUGCCUCUGCCACAUUUGCUGCAGAGGAGGACUAGGCUGAGAACACUUGAGAAAUUUUGAGCAUCUGUUUUCUCCAGGAACUCUUCUCAACUGGUUGAGCUUUAUAUUUUUUCCUCAUCUAUUCCAAAGUCUGCCCAAACAAUCAACCCCAGGAAGUAAUGGACAUCAGUGACUGUCUGUCAGUUAUCAGUAUCAAUGUUUGCUGUAUUAUCUUGCUUGCAGGUUUCUUUGAGGCAGGGGUAUGGAUGCCCAUGUGGUUGCAUCCCAGUACCCAGUUAACCAUGCAGAAGGCCUUUGAGUAUCAUCGAAUGAAGUGAUGUGGCUAAGCUGACAUCAUUGGCUGGGCAACCAAGUAUCCUGAUGGAAGUUAGCAUGUUCCAGGAUCUCCUUAGGUGGUGACCAUGCCCAGUCAAAGGAUGCCAGGGAUGUGCCUGAGAUUGCAACAAUGGAACUUGGCUAACCUUUUCUCCUGCUUAACAUAUGUUGUUCAAAUCUUACGAUUGUAGACAGAUAUUCUGAGGAUGCAUGUUUGGUAAUCUUGCUGUUUGAUGUUCUCAGUGAGUUUGCUGUUCUACAUACAUACUCUGCUUGGAUAUAACAGCUGCAUUAUUUGUUCGGUGUCAAGAGUCAGAUUGCUAGUGAUCAUGGAACCUAGAUAUGUAAAGUACUACAACCUCUAGCAUCACAUUGUCAAUGCCUAUAGCUGGUUGUAUGACCACACCCUGGACCACAACUUUUGCCUUCCUGAUGCUGAUUAUCAAAUCAAACUGAGAAAAUUUAUCUAUUUUCUGAUAAAAGUAUUCCUUUGUAAGGCAUGUUGUGUGUUACUGUUAGCAUACAGCAACUCACUGAUGAGAUACUGGUGCACCUUAGUCUUGGAUCUGAAAGGAGCAAGGUUGAUCGUUUUCAUCAGUUUGAUCAGUAAGUAAACAACCUUGAGAAGACCGGAAGGGAUAUGACUGGGAUUUGAGAUGGAUGUAUUCAGCCAAGGUCUGCAGACUGAAAAAGGGUAAAUACUUUUCCCAUAGUUCUUACCUGAGAGAUGCUUUAUAUUUGUUGCAGCCGAUCUGGUCACCUUGAUCUUGUACAAUGGCAGAUUUUAUUAUCGUGCAUUUUCUGGGCACUGUCCCCUGCAGAUUUUGCAGGAGUGCUAGUUUCUUAUGCGCGAUAGUUAAGAUGCUGCUUGGCCUGCUGUGUUCAUCCAGCUCUACACUUUGUUAUCUAGCAAAAACUCUUAAAGCUUUUGUUCAUAGCAAGUGAGUUUUGCUAGGCUGUGCUAAACUGUGUGUUGGAUAUUCAGCUAGGUCACAUCAGACAGGCUUUAUCUAGUGCCUCAAGCUACCUUUCUGAUGGUGUUCUCCCUGGAGUACACCUCAGGUCAGUGUUCCACCAAUCUGUCCCAACUAUUUAUCAUAGCCAGUGAUGACUACCCCUCCCUUUGUUCUUAAUAGAGCCAUUUUCUUUGCUGAGGGACAUGUUGCCUUUUUAACUUCUGCAUACAUGCCCCCGAGAAGAGUAAUAUUUUAUUCAAAACAUUAACUCUGUUUCUCUCUCCACAGAUGCUGCCAGACUUCCUCAGUUCCUUGAAUAUUUUCUGUUCUUAGUUUUCAUUCUCUCUGAGCCAGUCUCCCUCCUUCAACCCUUUAUAAACUUGAGCUCCUCCUAAUCAUGCUCAAAAUCCUGUUAAGCCAUCUGUCCCCUUCCCUAUACUGAUUCUGUGUCUGGCAAACUAGACUCAUAGUCAAAUAUAUCCCUGGCUUAUUCCUCCCCACCUUUCUAACUCCCUUCAAGACAGGGUAAAUGUGGAAACAUCUCCCUUCAAAUUUGCUCUGUCAUUCAAUGAGUUCAUGGCUGAGCUGAUAAUCUUUAACUCCACUUUUCUGCCUUUUCCUUAUAAACUACAUUUCCCUACCCGAUGUCGUCACAUACAUGACUUGAGAAAUAGCAGCAAAAAUAGUUAUUUAAACAUAUGAAACAUGCUCUGCCAUUCAGUGGCCAUCAUGGCUUAUCCUAACACUCUAACCCUUACUCCUCUGUAGAUCAGAAAUCUGUUUAACCCAACCUUGACUUGAAUUUCUGAGAGUAAAGAAAUUCCCCCUCAUUGCUACCAUAAAAGGGAGACUUCUUAUUAUGAAGUGAUGCUCCUUAGUUCUAGAACCCCCCCCCCCCAAAACGGGGAAAUGCCUUUCUCUGUUCCCCAAUCAAGUAGUCUCGUGUAUGUUUGAAUAAAUUUAUUUGAUUCUUCCAAACUCCGUUAAGUGUUGGCCAACCUUUCCUCGGAAGAAACCCCUCAGCCCAGGAAUGAACCCAUGAUUUUCUUCUAAAUUACCUUCAAUGCAAGCUUAUCCCUUCUUAAAUAUGGAGAACAAAAUUAUACAUUGAAUUCUAGUUGUGAUCUCCCCAAUGCCCAGUAUGGUCAUAGCAAUUCUAAAUCUACUUUUAAACUAUGUUUCCUAUGUAAGAGGGCCCAGCAUUCCAUUUACCCUUCUAAUUAUUUCUUCAACCAGACACUAAAGUUUUGCAAUUCAUGUAUGAAGACACCGAGAUUCCCCUCUACAGUAGAAUUCUUUAGCACUCUCUAUUUACUCUCACUUACAGGGACAAUAUUUAUUGCCUGUUCCUAAUUGCCCUAGAGAAGGUAGUGGUGACUACUUUUUAGAACUGCUGCAGUUUAUUCAGUGUAGGUACAUCCACAAUACUGUUCAGGAAGGAACCCUGGGAAUUUGUCGGAACAGCAACGUAGGUCCAUGUCAGGAUCGUGAGUGGCUUGGAAAAGAACUUGCAGGUGAUGUUGCUACCAUGUAUUGUCUGCCUCAGUCUUCCUAAAUAGUGGUGUGGGUUUGGAAAAUGUUGUUUAAAGAUUCUUGGUUAAUUACUGCAGUGUUUCUUUUGGACGGUACACACUGCUACUACCAAUCUUAAUUUGUAGAAUGAGUAAUAUUUGUGGAUGUCACGCAAAUCAAGCAGGUAGCUCUGUCCUGGAUGUGUCAAGUUUCUUGAGUGUUGUAGAAGCUGCAGUCUUCCAGACAUAUGGAGAGUAUUCUGUCUCAUUCCUGACUUGUGCCUUGGAAUCCUGUCCAUCAUUUACUUGUCUCUGGCCUGCUCUUGUAAUCACUAUAUGACCAAACUAAUCAGUUUCAGGUCAAUGGUAACUCCCAGGGUGUUAAUGGUGGGGUAUUCCACAAAGGUAAUUCCACUGAGUGUCAAGGAACAGUCAUUAGAUUCUCUCUUGUUUUACGUAGUCAUAGCCCAGCUCAUUUUGUUAUGAAUGUUACUUGGCAUUUGUCAUCCCUGGCCUGGAUGUUGUCCAGGUCUUGCUGCUUUUGGAAAUGAACUGCUUCAGCAUCUGAGGUAGUACAAGUGAUGCUGAAAAUUGUACAAUCAUUGGCGAACAUCCCUACUUUUGACCAUGUGAUAGAGGUAAAGUCAUUGAUGAAGCAACUGAAGAUGGGUGUGUCUAGGACACUACCCUGGGGAACUCUAGCAGAGAUGUCCUGUAACUAAAAUGAUUGACUUUAAGCGACCGUGUUCGCCUUCCCUUGUGCUGGAUAUUUCUCCAGUCAGUGAUGUUUUCUCCCCCGCUCCCCCAUUCUCACUGACUGUAGUUUUGCUAGGGUUCCUUGAUGCCAGACUGUAGCAAAUGCUACCUUGCUGUCAACGGCUGUCAAUCUGCCUCACCUCUGGAAUUCAGCUCCAUAUCCAUGUGCCAAGUACUUGCCCAGUCACUUAUCCUGUCUAUAUCUGUUUCUAAUCUCCAUUUUCAUUAGUAUACUUUUCAUCCAGCAGUUUGCUUUCUUUCCCGUCCGGCAUUGUAGUGUCGGUACAUGAAAACACAAGGCUAGAGAUAUUACAGUCAUAAAUGCGGAAAUAGACCCUUUGGUCCAACUCAUCCAUGCCGAGCAAGUUUCUCGAACUAAACUUGUCCCAUUUGCCUGCAUUUGGCCCAUAUCCCUCUAAACCUUUCCUAUUCAUGUACCUGUUCAAAUAUCUUUUACCUGCAUGUACCACUUCCUUUGGCUGUUCGUUCCACAUACAAAGCCACCCUCUGUGUGGAAAAAGUUGCCCUUCAGGUCCCUUUUAAAUCUUUCUCCUCUCACCUUAAAAGUAUGCCCCCUAGUUUUAAACUCCCAUACACGAGAGAAAAAAAUCCUUUGCUCUUCACCGUAUCUAUGUCCCUCAUGAUUUUAUGAGGUCACCCCUCAAAGGAAAAUAUAAAAGGAUGUGAGAAAGACUGAAAUAAGGAAAAAUGAGUGAAUUAAAGAAGUAGUGAGGUUGAGAAAAAGACAAGAAUAGGAAGGUUGAGAGAUAGCAAGUGAAGAAGGAGUGAGGGAGUGAGCACAGACUAGAGCAUGAUGAUCAACAGGCUCUCACACCAAGAAGACCAAAGGCUGAACUUGUGUGUCACUGGAUUUGCAAUGGAAACCCUUCUGGAUCACCCCUGCAAUGUCCAGUGUGCCCAAGCUGUUUCUGGUAUAUUUUAAAUUUGAAGGCUUGCCUUGAGAGUAGUUGGCAAAAAACCACAAUUGAUAUUUAUCAUUGAAUUUCAGUUUUGUUGUGCAAUGACUUGAGUUUUUCUUUGGGGGAGCUGAAACUUGGGGGGAAGACACGAAGUAUAAAAUAACCACGGUUGAAUAAAAAUAACUUAAGCAAAGAAGAAAUUGAAAUAAAAACAGACUUGAUCAUUUUGACUGGAAUAUGAUGUAUUUAUUGAAUCUGCCUAACACAAGACAGUUGUGUUCCAAUGUAACAAAGUGUGAAGCUGGAUGAACAUAGCAGGCCAAGCAGCAUCUUGGCUGCACAAAAGCUGACGUUUCGGGCCUAGACCCUUCAUCAGAGAGGGGGAUGGGGUGAGGAUUCUGGAAUAAAUAGGGAGAGAGGGGGAGGCGGACCGAAAAUGGAGAGAAAAGAAGAUAGGUGGAGAGGAGAGUAUAGGUGGGGAGGUAGGGAGGGGAUAGGUCAGUCCAGGGAAGACGGACAGGUCAAGCGGGUGGGAUGAGGUUAGUAGGUAGGAAAUGGAGGUGCGGCUUGAGGUGGGAGGAAGGGAUGGGUGAGAGGAAGAACAGGUUAGGGAGGCAGAGACAGGCUGGGCUGGU